CUCCAAGAUGAAACGCAACAGACAUCCUAGCAGCAGUGACAGUUCGGAUGAAAAUCCUUCCAUUCCCUUACUAAGAAUUCCAUCUGAACACAAAAGACCUGCUGAGGUAUUUCGGAAGGACCUCAUUAGUGCAAUGAAAGUUUCCGAUUCGCAUUACCUUGAUCCUGACAGCUAUUACAUCUUUUCGGAUACAUGGAAAGAAGAAUGGGAAAAGGGAGUUCAGGUACCAGCAAAUCCAGAUAGUCUCCCAGAGCCUUCUAUCAGGAUUAUAGGUCCACAUGAGAGAGUAGAAGAUACUUGCUUCAUUCGCCCCUGGAAGUACAUUCACUCCGUCUGUCCCGAGCCCUCGGAACCUGGCUUUGUCAGCGUCCUAGAAAUGGCAACAGCUGUAUGCCGAUAUGACCUAGAUGACAUGGACAUCUACUGGCUCCGAGAUGUGAAUAGCAUCCUUAGAGGAAUGGGUUAUGUAACAAUUGAUGAGACUCUUAUGGAAAAGGCAAUGGAAGCCCUGGAAUGCCUUUGCCAUGAAAAAAUGAACCAUGCUAUUAAUACACAGGAAGGGCUUGGGAUAGAAUACGAUGCAGAUGUAAUUUGUGAUGUAUGCCGGUCUCCAGACAGUGAAGAAGGAAAUGAUAUGGUAUUCUGUGAUAGGUGUAACAUCUGUGUACAUCAGGCUUGCUAUGGCAUCCUCAAGAUACCAGAAGGAAGUUGGUUGUGUCGCCCCUGUGUCCUGGGCACUAGUCCCCAAUGUAUGUUUUGUCCAAACCAAGGUGGGGCCAUGAAAGCCAACAGGACAGGGAAUAAAUGGGCUCAUGUUAGCUGUUCGCUGUGGAUUCCAGAGGUCCGCAUUGCCUCACCUGAAAGAAUGGAACCGAUCACCAAGAUCUCUCACGUUCCACCCAGUCGUUGGGCCCUAGUUUGCAGCCUAUGUAAGUUGAAGAUGGGUGCUUGUAUUCAGUGCUCAGUGAAAAGCUGCAUCACUGCCUUCCACGUCACUUGUGCCUUUGAGCAAAACCUAGAGAUGAGGACCAUCCUAGAUGAAGGAGAUGAAGUAAGAUUCAAGUCAUAUUGCGUCAGACACAGCUAUACAAAGCGGGCUGCACUAGGAGAGCCUGACUAUGCCGUAUUCAAAGCUGCAGAGAGCCAAGUCUCAACUGAGAAGGUCAACUUGCGAGCACUGAAGCUUCAGGAACUGGAGGAGGAUUUCUAUACCCUGGUCCAUGCGAAAGAUGUGGCUGCAGAGCUGGACAUACCCAAAGUGCCUAUGAACUUUAUCUACAACUACUGGAUACUGAAGCGGAAAAGUAAUUUCAACAAGCCAUUAUUUCCUCCAAUUGAAGAAGAGAGCCUACCAAAGCCAAUCGGAGAAAACAUUCAAACCCGCAUGAGAAGGUUUAUGCAUCUACGACAGGACUUGGAAAGGGUCCGCAAUCUGUGCUACAUGAUAAGCAGGCGAGAAAAGCUAAAAAUGUCACACGUCAAAAUGCAAGAACAGAUCUUCAACUUAGAAAUUCAGCUGGUUAACCAGGAACUUGCCUCAGGACCUUCUGUAACAAGUGCACCAGAAAACUCAAUAUUCUCCCCACCACCAAGAAUCACCUUAAAGUUAAAAAUGCCCAAACCAUCCCUAGACAACUGCAAAAACGGCUCCACAGAGCCUGAGCACAGACGCCCCUCUCCUGGUAGCAGCUCCCCUGCUGUCAGUAUGAAGAACAAGCCAACACCACAGAAGGGCCCAGAAAUGAGAAUGAAGUCCUCUUCAAGAUACCCAUUCAAGAACAAGAACACCUGUAUGCUGGCUAGCCUGAGCCACCCUCAGAGUGAAGUAAAGGAUUCUAGCCCUGCCUGGAAAACUCCAUCUCCAGACUGCUGUCAUGGACAGUCACUGGGUAAGCCUCUGGUCCUUCCGACUGCCCUGCAUGGACAGUCUUCUAUUGAGAACAAGAAAAUUCCACCCAGCGCCAGGCUUGCCAAAUCCAAUGGCCUGGAGGGCAGUUUAUCUGGAGAAGUCACCCCAAAGGACAGCUUAAGUGAAAUGGUCUGUGGCCAGGAGCCCAUGCUUAGUUCUCAUUUGCCCAGUCAGGGAAGCUAUAGAAAACCUACAGUGGAGCAUUUGAGCACAUCCUUUAAGGAGGCUACUAGCCGGUGGGUGAGGAGCACAGAGGACCUCCAGAGCUAUGUGAAGCCAACCAAGAUUAACCCCAAAGAGCAGCUGUGGGGUAAGCAGCUCCUUCGGCGGUCGUCAGGGAAAGCUUCCUAUCAGGAAAACGAUGGGUAUUGCCCAGAUUUAGAACUGAGUGAUUCAGAAGCAGAAAGUGACGGGACUAGAGAGAAAGUCAAGCUUAGGAGAGACAACUCAGACAGGGAAAAUCCUCCCCGUGACUCCAAACGGUAUUGCCAUGGUAAAAACAAGACUCAUUCGUUUUCCCAUAGCUCAGUGCAAAGGUGAUUAGAAACUUUCAAGGAUAAUCCAACCUUUGCCUUUGGAGGAAACUCAUAACAACAAAACGAUUCUAGCAUAUAUGUUAAGAGCAAUUUUUCCAUAGUGCAUCCACUUGCAGUUUCCAAAGUCUGGUUUCACAAGCACAUUAUAAGAAUUGCAGAUUAUCUAAUUUGUUUGUUUGUGUUUUGUUUGUUUUUAAUCGACUCUCGUUUGCAUUUUUAUAUUGGGUCAGAGUCUAUUGGGAACAAAUGAGCCCAGGGUAUUUUCCUCACUAGAUACUGGGGCUAUUUUCCAGUUACAAUAACAUAUUGGUGAGCAUGCGCAUUAAGUACCCUUGCAUUAUUAAUGGGAAUUGCAAGAGACCAUGAUUUUCAGACACUAAAAAUUACUUAUCUUUCGAAGACACAGCCUGUGACUCUAGAGCUCCUAUCUGUAGGAUGUUUCUUAUUCCACUGGAAUCUGUAAACCUUCAGGGAGAGAGCAGGAAAGCAGCUAUCUCAUGUACUAUUCCACUCACUACCCCUUUCCUUUGCAUUGCACCAGGUGGGGUUCCUUUUACAAUGUCUUCACUUACUGAGUCAAUAUUAAUGCUCAUAUAAACGUCCAGUGCCUGUUCCUGGACUUGCGUGUUGGGGGCCGCACUUCAUAACUGUUUCGCCCAGCCAAUAAGCAUAAAAGUUUAACUUGUGGAUGGUGUUUACAAAAGUAGAAGUCCUACUUCCAAGGCAGAUGCUCUGAUCGUCUCUCGGCACUUGUCAAGGCUCCCAGAGCCUUUUCCAAAGUGAGACCAUCUCUGGGCUCUGUACCACGUCAGAGUUUUUAUAUUGUCUUCAGAUAAACUUGACUAGAACCAGUUUUGUAUACCUCUCUUCAUAUCUGUAUGACUUCCACUGAGGUAUGAUUCAGAUAAUACUGGACACUGAAAUGCACAGAGGUAUUCUUACUCGCUUGGUUACAAAGCAACAAUAAUCUGAGAAAACCUAUCAUUGUUGCUUUAUGUCAACUUUGACUCAGAGACAGCUUCCCAACCAAAAAGCUGAGACUGCUUUUGUGCAUUUAGGAGCUGCUUACGCACAGCUCCCUAACUGUCAACUUUGGCUCAUUUCUGGGAGGAAGAGAAUAAGUGCAUUUUAGGGAAAUAGAACCCUAUCUGUUUCCCAUUCAAAGAAGGGGGAAAGUUGCAAUUUUUUUAAAAUGUGACACAAACUGUAAUUCUCAGCUCUUUUCUUGUUAGCCUUACUAUAAAUUAAUGUUCUCUUCUAUUUUAAGAAAGUGUAGAGACUUUUCAGCCAAAGUGGCCUGUUUUACACUUUCCUAAGUGUGUUACUAGUGAAACAGCCCAACUGCAGUCGGGCAUUUGUUUGCAAGGGUAGGGGCUCCUCUCUGAAUCAACAUGGAAAACUCAGCAGUUUUCCAUUCCCUGUCUUUGCUCUUGUAGCCUUAUUAAUGGUUUCCUUUUUUGCCUUUUGUUUGCUCCUUUUCUUGGGAACCUAUAUAUUUCUCCUCUCCUUUGGCUACAUCUUCCCAAUGCUCCUUUUGUGCCUGUGUGAAGAUGCUAUAGCCUGUGUGAUUAAUUUCCUGUAGUUUGUUUGGAUAGAAAAUGCUCUGGGUCCUCCACAAUGAGGGAGAAAGCUUCCCCUAUUUCUGCACUAGGUUUCUGUACUUUUUCUUUGAAAUCUGCUUGGGUCAAUAAUAAUUUUCCACCUGCAUGGUAUUAAAAUUAUAGUGGAGUUAUAUUGUUAGAGACCAAUGCAGUAGCCUUUGCCCUUUGAUGCCUUUCCAUUCUGAGUAGGCAGGAAAACAAGCAUUGAAACAGUGUUUCGGCCAAAUUGCAUAUAUAAUGCCAUUGGGAGAGUAUUUGCUAAAAUAAUUCCAGUCAGGGAAAUAGAGUUGUGAUAUUUUUACAGAAUUUUCCUAGAUAAAUUAAGGAGCCUUCAGUUGUAUAAAUUUCAAUUGUUCCAAAAUGUAUUUGCUACAUUUUGCUGUUGUUUGAAGUAUUACCUCUUAACCUUCUUUAUUUUCCAUUUUCCUUUAUAUAGUCCAGUUUUCCAGGAUAAACUCAAGUCUUUUAUUAAAUGUCACCUUUUUACCAAUACUUUUUCAUUAAAUUAUGAAAACUGUU